AUGGCUUCCACGGGCCUUGAACUCCUCGGCAUGACCCUGGCUGUGCUAGGCUGGCUAGGGACCCUGGUGUCCUGUGCCCUGCCACUGUGGAAGGUGACCGCCUUCAUCGGCAACAGCAUCGUGGUGGCCCAAGUGGUAUGGGAGGGGCUGUGGAUGUCCUGCGUGGUCCAGAGCACUGGCCAGAUGCAAUGCAAGGUGUACGACUCACUGCUGGCGCUGCCCCAGGACCUGCAGGCUGCCAGAGCCCUCUGUGUAGUGGCCCUGCUGUUGGCUUUGCUGGGCUUGCUGGUGGCCAUCACGGGCGCCCAGUGCACCACAUGUGUGGAGGACGAAGGUGCCAAGGCGCGGAUCGUGCUCACCGCAGGGGUCCUCCUCCUCCUCUCGGGCAUCCUGGUGCUCAUCCCUGUCUGCUGGACAGCCCAUGCCAUCAUCCAGGAUUUUUAUAACCCACUGGUUGCCGAAGCCCUCAAGAGAGAGCUGGGGGCUUCCCUCUACCUGGGCUGGGCCGCCGCUGCCCUGCUCAUGCUAGGAGGAGGGCUUCUCUGCUGUACGUGUCCUCCGUCCCACUUCGAGCGACCCCGCGGUCCCAGGCUGGGCUACUCCAUCCCUUCCCGUUCAGGUGCUUCGGGACUGGAUAAGAGGGACUAUGUGUGAGGCUGAGGCUUCUUCUGGAAGCUGCCACCUGCAGCCGUAUGCCCGGCCCUGGGCUACAUGCUUACAUCUCAUCAAAUUCACGCGCCUGGGAAGCUCAUGUAUGUGGUGAGGACUUGGCUCUAGGGGCAUC